AUGGCAUAUACCCUAGGUGGCUGUUUUUUCGAAGACGAUCAGAGUUGCCCAAUUGGUGAGAGGAGAGUCUUGUUUGCGGCAAAGCAGGAGUCCGCGCGGAAGGAUGUGGAGCGGGCUUUUGGGGUGCUCCAAUCGCGGUGGGUAAUCGUGAAAGGUCCGGCGCGUUUCUGGUACAAGGACGUCAUCGCCGACGUCAUGUAUGCGUGCAUCAUCAUGCAUAACAUGAUAGUCGAACAAGAACGUGGCCAUGUCACCAAUUGGGUGGAUGAUGAAGCCGGAUCUAGCUCCAGCACGGCGACCUUGCCGGUCACUCGAGGAUUACCGACCGGCUUCGGUGUGGUUCUAGAGCGACAGGCCUCAAUGCGCAACCAACAAGACCAUACUCAGCUCAUGACCGACAUGAUUGAAGAAGUUUGGACCCGCAACCGCCGCCGUUGA